AUGAUAUCUACCGACUGGAAAUCUAGUGCGUCUGAAGAAGGCGAAUAUACCUUUAUGCUCUUCCAUCCUGAUGCUCAGACAACUAAUACUGCUUCAUACCAGCAAAGUCAGCAUUCAGACCCGAUUAAUCAAGCUCUAAGCGAUGAGGAAAUGCUGGACGAGAUUUUCCAGGAGAUCAUGUCUCCACAGGACUCGGUGCUUCCAUCGUCCAAUAACUGUGACCUCGACACAAGUGACACUAGCACCCUCUUUAAUGCCGUGCACACACCUGCCUCAUCACUUGCAACGCCCGAGUCGUCUGCCCCAUCGACACCUCAGCUUACGAGUACGAUGCGUCGAGGCAGCAUUCCAUCGGCCUCGCUCGGAUCCAUCUCACCCAACAUGGCAACAGCUUUACGCGUACCAACUUUUCCCGUAAACCACACAGGAACUACCCGUAAUACAGUGUUCUUUCCGCUAGUAAACGACCCCAAGGCUCGUGUCAAUACUAGCCUUGGCGGAUAUGCUUCGAUGAUCUUCACUUCGCCGACCGCUGGUCGUCGUGGCUACCGACGCACCAGCCGAUCCACACGUUUACAGAAAAAAAAGCCGGCCUCACGCAUCUGCCGCAUGCCAGGGUGUACGAAAGGUAUUCGUUCGCGUGGCCUUUGCAAAGCUCAUGGCGGAGGUCGUCGAUGUACGACUCCCGGGUGCGAAAUCAGUGACCAGGGUGGAGGUCACUGCAUCGCGCACGGUGGCGGCCGUCGCUGUUCGAUCGCUGGCUGUCAGAAGUCAGCUCAGUCUAAAGGGCUUUGUAAACUACACGGCGGUGCUCGGUUGUGCCGCCUACCAGACUGCAACAAGAACGGUCAGAUCAAAGGGCUUUGUCGUUUGCACUAUAGCCUUACAAUGGCGGCUAAGAACUCGAUAUCAACCAAGGGAGCAGCAGGUUCAAUGUCUGCAGCCUUAAAGCUCGAGCAAUAUCAUCACACCAGUCAAAGCCCUUGUGACUUUGAAUUGCGGGUCUAA